AUGAACAUCAACCCCAGCUACGACGACAUCACCGCUGCCGAGUCUCUGCUCUUCCUUUCAGGUGCUACAGGGAACGCUCCAGCCCCAGAGCAAUUGAGUCACGUCCGUCACCAUGUACAGGACGCUGCUCAGAGACACGCGGUGAUCGUUCCCGUUCCCCAUGCACACCGCAGUGAGAAGACCCCGGCUCCAGCACGGUUUCUUCCCCAGCCCAUCAACAGCCUGCCCCUGGGAACCCAAGAGCGCGUUAACAGCUCUCAACCUCCACCUGAUUACGUGCAACAGGAAAGACGUCCCGCAAGGCUAGUUCAACGGCCCCAGCCCAUCACCACAAAUCUGAGUCCUGAGCAAGCACUCCAGGCCUACCUCAUCCGCCAGCAGCUCAUUGCCGGCAUCCAGCCUCAGAAUGUCAUGCCCAUGCGUCAAUCCAACAACAACACGGGGGAGAAGCCACCGGCUGUGAUACAGAUCUCCAACGAGGGCGUAACUGUGCCUAAGAUCCCUCCUGCACAGUUCACCGGUGGGUUUCAUCCGCUUCCCAGACACCAGAUGCAGUACAUGCCUCCUCCCAAUGCCAGUAUCAUGGAAACAAGACCACCAUCUACCACGGAGGUCAUGGCUCAAGAAACCACUACCAUGCCAGCAAGACCAGUCACCACCGCGCUGAGCACAACCGCCAUACCUCAGCAGUCACCAACCAUCAACCACCUUGCUACAAACCACUGGAAUCCUGCAUUCACCAUGCUUAUACCUCCUCGGCCCCUAACCCCCCACAGCGAACGCGAGGAAGAAUUCGACCUCCUCCAAGCCUUCACCUACUUCCCACACCUGGCCGUCCUCCUCACCAGCUACCUCUCCAUCGACGACCUAGUGACCCUCGGCUCGACCUCCAAAACCUUCCACUACUUCCUCAGCGCCCACAUCAGCGGCGUCAUCCAAGCCCACAUCACCCACCACCCCUCCGCCGCCAACACCUUCCCAUUCCACUGCUAUCCCAAGCUCUGCACCCACCCCGGCCACUGGCACCAACACCCCCCAUCCCCAUCGCCUACCCCCGGCCCCAACACACCAACCCACCCCCACCCCCACCCCCAAACCCCCCUAACCAACCUCCUCCCCUCCCUCCCCUGGCUCCGCCUGCUCACCCACCGCGACCACACCACCAAAGAAAUUCUCCACCUCCUGCUCACCACCGGCUACGCCCUCCCCCCCCUGGCGACCCUCACCCUCCACAAAUUCUGGUUCCUAAUGGACAUUCCCGACAACGCGCGUCGUGAAUGGACCAUCCGCAACCCCCGCAUCUGGCAAGACGGCGACAUCUUCCUCGCUGUCCUCUUCCUAGUCCAACUGGACAUGUAUCUCCGCGAACAACGCGACCAGAAAAGCAACUCCAUUCGCCGACUCAUCAUGGCGCAGCCAACCCUCACCUUCCUGAGAGAUUAUAUGCGUGGUUGGGUACUGCAGUCGAAUAUCGAUAUGUUGGCCGCGUUUGUGCGUUGGAGGUAUCUCCCCGGUGCGGGGGAAGAGGGGAUUCAGAUUUUUGGGGUCCCGGGGCGUUUGGCGGGGGGGUUGCAGUUUGAGGGGUAUGGGAGGGGGGUUAGAGGGGUGGGAGGGGUGGGAGGGGUUGGGAUGGAGAAAAGGGUCAAGUUGGUGAGGCCGGAUGAGUUGGUUCUGAGGGAGAUGGCGAGACGGGGUCUCAGGAUGCAGGACAUGUAUCGGGAUUUGUUUCUGUUGGCGCAGGGCGCGAAGUAUUUUCCGGUCGAGAGGCUCGGGGUGUCGUGGGUGAAGGAGAUGAUGGCGGCCGCCGAGGGGUUGGGAUGGGAUUGGAUGGAUGCGGUGAGGCUGGAUUGAAUGUUUUUGUUGCUGUUGUUGUUCUUGCUGUUGUUGAUGGUGUUUGGUUUGGGGAAUUUGGUUUGAAGGGAGUUUACUGAAGUGGUGUAAUGGGUGUCGUCGUGGUUGCGAUGGUAAUGAAGGAAAGGCCAGGUGUGGAAAAAGGCGUACUUUAUUUGGAUUCGGUGGUAAUGGCUCAUACUGGUUGUAAUUUAAAGAAGUAUUUGAUCAUGGUGUCUAUAACAAUGAUGACGGAUUAC